AAAUAGGUACCUGUCCGGUGGAGGUACUGAGCUGUUGUAGACGUGACGCCGUUAGACUGGCCAAUAGUCGGCAUCCGAGUCUGCGUUGCCAGAGGGGGUGUCCAGCUUCACUUGAGAGGCAAGCGAGGCGUGAAGACAACCAUUGGAGGCGGGAGCAAUCUAGUGCACAAGCUUGACAUGCGACUCGAGACGCUGUUGAUUUUGAGCGCGACGUGCGUCGCCGUCGUCGCAGUAGACUUCACAGUCAAGAACUAUGAGGACACGCCCGGACUGUACUAUGAUCACAUAGGUCAGGUGCAACUAUACACUUCAGAAUGGAAGCUUGUAACGUAUGUAAACAUAUCGAAAUUGGAGACGACUUACAAUACGCUUGUAGAUUUUGUCGCUCAGACUGGAGCAAUGUGUAAAGAGUUGCCACCUGAAGCCAUUUCUACCUGUCAGUCGGACCUGUCCCUGAUGAAUCAGAGCGUACUGAAAAUUCAUAGAACGCGGCGCAUAAUUUCCGAAAUUACUAAGAAUAAAGAGGAGGAGGUAUUUCAUUCCGAUAAUACGCAUACACAUGCUAAAAGAAUUAAAAGAGGUGUUUUUAAUUUUAUUGGAACAGUUUCCAAAAUUUUAUUUGGUACUUUGUCAAGUGAAGACGCUGAUUAUUACCAAAACAAAAUAAGCGAAUUAGAGUCCGAGCAACUUUCAAUGCUAAAGGUAGCCAAGGAACAAAUGACUGUUGUGCGUUCCACAUUGCAGACGGUAAAUUACACAUUAGUCGAUAUUGCAGCCAAUGAACUGCAAAUUAACGAGAACUCUAGAACAAUGCAGAAACAAGUAAAUGAAAACGUGGAGAAGACAAACCAAGCGUUUUCGCAAACCACUCUUUUGAUUGCAACUAAUCAACACAUGAUAAUCAUUGAACAUUUAAUUGGUCAGCUGAAGGAAGGGUAUGACACGUUGUUAUUUGCAAUUAUUUUUGCACAGAAAGGAAUAUUAUCACCUCAAAUAAUCACCCCUGGAGAUAUUAUAAGAGCCUUUCAGGAUUCCCAUUCGAUCCUUCCACGUGACCUUUCCCUUCCUAACACUGCAAGAGUGGCUUACGAACAUGUAUUGAUGAACAUAAUUGAUAUUGAUGUGUUUCUAAAUAACAAUCUUUUGGGUUACGUCCUGAAGAUACCCUUAGUGAACAGUGCUGUGUACCAUUUGUACAAACUGAUUCCAUUUCCCACGAAAGUUAAUAACAGUGAAAAUAUCUUCGUUUUCAUUGAAAGUGAAAAGGACUUUCUCAUGAUAGAUACAUUGAAACAAGUGUAUGUUAAACUGAAUGAAUUAGAAUUAGAUGAGUGUAAGGUUAUUUCGCCAGACUGGCGUGUAUGUAAACAGACAUUCCCUGUAAAAUCCACACAUGUUCACCAGGAAUGCGAGGUCAGGUUGUUAGAGCCCACUACAAGAAUUCCGUUAGACUGCAAAAGGAAAAUCAUUUCUCUUGAUGAUGUAACCUGGUUACCCCUUACUCAUAAUAAGUGGAUAUUUGCCACGUCACACAAGGAAAGGGUGACAAUUUUGUGUAACGAUUUAGAACCCAGUGACAUAAUUCUACAAGGUACAGGUGUAUUGUCAAUGUUUGGCAGAUGCGAUGCCUUAGGGCUAAACACAAAAUUACAGACCCAAAUGAGUUUCACGAGUAACAGAACCGAUAAGGAUUUUAUUCCCAGUGUAACACUGCAUUAUGAUUGCUGUGAGCAUUUAGGAUCCAGAGUAAAGCUCGAUACAAUGAAAUUCAUACCUGACGUACCAUUGAAAAAUAUUUUAGGUCAUUCAAAUGCGUUUAAAUACGCUAGUCACUCUGUUGACCAGGUAGAACAAUUAAUAAUUCAAAAUGAAGCUGAACUGAACAGAGACCAUAAAAUUGAUCAUUUGAAAUUCCUUUCCUACCUGGGAAUAACAACUAUGGUAGUCAUGAUGUUAUUAAUCUGUUGUUUCUGUAAAAUGUGUAACUUGUUGAAAAGGCUCUUGGACGAUGACUGUUGUGGCAGAAUCUGUAUACGCCAAACGGUCAUAAAUCAAAGAGAACUCAAAUCAUCAGAUGAAAAUAUAACAGACAGAUUUCUUGACCAGGAGACUCGCAGUCAGAGCCUGCGAUCGCUCCCAGCUGCAACAAGCCUUGAGAUGACAGAAUUGGAUCCAGUACCAAUGGUAAGCACCCACUCAGGGGUGCGUAAGACUUAUAAACGUAGAUGGUAGAUUUAUGUUUCUGUAAUCUGUAGUAUAUAUAGCCUAUACUUGUGUUGGGAAACAUUAGCACCUGUUUUUGCAAAUGUUUCCAUCUUAAGGGGGGAGGU